AUUUAAUACACGAUAAUGUCAGAAGUAAAGAAAGAUAACAAGAAAGGCAAGUGGAAAACGGACAAAAGCAGGGCAAAGAAGCAGUACAAGAAAAAGAGAUCAACCAGGUUCCAGGAUAUCGAGACUCUUGAUAGAAGAAUCGCCAUCGAGACCCCUUCUCAGAGUGUUUAUUAUUACAAGUAUUUGGAAGGUCAUGAAGAGAAAGAAAGCAGGAAGAAAACAGUUGAGGAAGAAGAAGUAGUUGGCUCGAAGAAGUUUGUGAAGACUAAUGAUACUAGGAAGGUCAAGAUCAGGUUUAAAGACCUUCCUAUAUCUAAUUAUACCUCAAAAGGACUACAGAAUGCUGAGUAUACCAAGAUGACUGAGGUCCAGAGAUGUGCCAUCCCCCAUGCUCUCAAAGGGAGAGAUCUUAUGAUUAGCUCAAGAACUGGGUCUGGUAAAACGCUUGCUUAUUUGGUGCCUCUAGUUGAGAAAUUGUAUCGUCAGAGAUGGUCUUCUCUUGAUGGGCUUGGAGGAUUGAUUAUUGUUCCUGUUCGAGAAUUGGCCAUUCAGGCUUUCGAAGUCCUCAGAUCUUUUGCUGGUCUUCAUGACCUAUCAGCAGGAAUGAUUAUUGGAGGAAAACUAGUCCAAGUAGAAAAGAACCAUAUCGCUAGUAUGAAUAUUCUUGUAGCAACCCCAGGUAGACUUCUUCAGCAUAUGAAUGAGACUCCAUUGUUCGACUAUGAUAAUCUUCAAACAUUAGUAUUAGACGAAGUUGAUAGAAUGCUAGAUAUGGGAUUUGCUGAAGAAUUGAGCCAAAUUAUGAGAAAUCUUCCUAUGGGAAGAACCCAAACACUAUUGUUCUCAGCUACAGCAAAGAAGUCACUUCAGAAGCUGGCUAAGAAUGUGCUCAAGACAGAUUUCACAUAUUUCUGUAUGAAUAGCUAUGACUCAGCUGCUUCAAUCAUGACUGGAGAGAAAGAUGCUGCUGAAGAAAUGAAGGAAGAAGGGAGUGCUAAAGAUCCCAAGUACAUCACCCCAUUGAAGUUAACACAUAAAUACGUCUGUAUCGAGGCUGAACAUAAGCUAGAUACCUUAUUCAGCUUCAUGAAAUCCCACAAAGAAGCUAAGUGCAUCGUUUUCUUCAGUUCGUGCAAGCAAGUGAGGCAUGCUUAUGAAAGCUUCUCUAAACUCAAGACUGGGGCCUCUAUCAUGGAGAUCCAUGGAAGGCAAAAGCAGAUCAAAAGAACAGCUAUCUAUUUUGAAUUCGUAGAGAGAAAGAGUUGCUACCUCUUUGCAACAGACAUCGCAUCAAGAGGGCUUGAUUUCCCUGCAGUUGAUUGGGUAAUCCAAGUCGAUAUCCCAGAAGACACUGACACUUACAUUCACAGAUCUGGAAGAACAGCUAGGUACAAAUAUAAAGGUACUGCUCUUGUUAUGGUUCAACCUCAUGAGAUGAAGUUUGUUGAAAAGCUCGAGCAGAUGAACAUCGAGAUGAAGAAACUCAAGACGAAUCCUAACCGUACUCUCUCGGUCACCAGUGCUCUACAAAGGAUCAAUGCUGAGAACUCAGAUUUGAUGCAUCUAGCUCAGAAAGCCUUCAUCUGCUAUAUCAGGAGUGUCUUCAAGAAUGGAGAUAGAGAAAUCUAUGACGUGAAAAAGAUCAAUCAUGAAGCUUAUGCAGCUAGCCUUGGCCUAGCCACCACCCCUAUCAUCGAGUUCGUAGAAGGAGACGACAAAAAGAGUAGGAAAUCUAAGAUUCAAAAACUCAGAGAAAAGGCCAAACUCAAGAAACUUGAAAAACAAAUGCAAGAAAUGGAAAGAGAACAGGAGAUAAAAGAGGCUGAAGGAGACGAAGAAGAUAUUGAAUUCCAAGAUCAAGAAUCUGACGAAGAUCUCUCUCAACAAGACCAAGAAGAUAGCCUAGAUGAUGAACAAGAACAGCAGCAGGAAGAAGACGAUGACGACCUCUUCGUCUUCAAGAGAAAAAUCGCUCCGGACGAUGACCUUGAAAAUGAGCCUGAGAAAUUUGAGACAAAGACUAAAUUCUCCAAGAACUCGUUGAAGAAGAUCAAGAAGGGUGGUGUCAGCCAAGGGCAGAAUAAGGUGUUUCUUGACAAAGACGGAAAGCCAAUCUCCUCCCUUGAAUAUCACAUCCAGCAGGACACCAUUAAGCUGAAGACAGAGGAUGACCUUGAUGACAAUGUUAAGCCAGAAGACUACUUCAACAAGCUCAAAUCUGAUCUUGACAAGAACAAAGGACUUGAUAACCAGAUCGCCUUAGAUAGACUUAAACAGAAGAGAAUUAAGAGAAAGAGACAGAGACAGGAAAGAGAGCAACUCAAAGAGGCAGCAAAGUAUGAAUCAGCUUCUGAAGAGUUUGAAGAAGAAGACACUCACAAACGGGCUAAAUAUAAUGAAGAAUAAAAGAAUCCUUAUUUCAA